AUGCUGGGGACCUAUGAAUAUCCUGACUUUCCCAUGGAAAGUAAGAGAUUCAACAUCAAGCCAGGGCAGCAUAUUCCAGGCGAAACCAUUAGCCUCUAUCUCAAGGCAUAUGCCGACAAGUUUGGCAUCACCAGCAAGAUCCGAUCGAGCCACAAGGUCCUUGUGGCAGAACAUCAAGAAACCAGCGAAGGUGGCUGGUUCCUAACAGUUACGAAUUCCAAAGAUGAAGAGAUCCGAGUGUUUUCUCGGCGUCUGAUUGUUGCGACUGGCUUGACGUCGGAACCGUGGCUGCCCCAUUUCGAUGGUCAAGAGUCUUUCGGCGGUCGCAUCUUUCACGGCAAAUACUUCCAGCAGAAUGCCGAUACCUUGGAAACGGCCAAGACCGUGACAAUCUUUGGUGGUACCAAGUUUGCAUGGGAUGCUGUCUACUCUUACGCGACUGCUGGCGUUAAAGUAAAUUGGGUCAUCCGGUACACGGCAAAGUUGAAGCCGUGGACAGAAGCCAUGUUUACAGGCACCAGCUUCAGCAUUCUCAACUAUGAUACGGACUUCUUUGACUUGGUCAAAGGAGGCAAAGUCAAAGUCCAUCUCGGGGAGAUCGAUCACCUUAGUCCUGGAACGGUUCAUCUGUCCGAUGGAACCGAGUUCCCAGCCGAUGUUCUGCUAGCUCAUACCGGCUGGAAACACGUCCCACCGAUUAAGUUCCUCCCGGAGGGUAUCGAGAAGGAGCUCGGUAUACCGCAUGCACCUAUUCAGAACGCACCCAGGGAGGAUCUUGCCGGUCAGGCCGACCUUGUUGACCUAGCAGAUAAGGAGAUCCUAGAGCGCUUUCCAAGGCUCAAGAACCAGCCAGUAUGGAACAAGAACUAUGUGCCCUUGACCGAUCAGAAGGGCAUCGACAGUGAUGACGCAGUCACUCCCUACCGAACCCUUACUCCGUAUAUGCUUCAUCACUUCAUCGUCCCGCCAUCGCAACGCUUCUUACGCACACGCGACACAGCUUUCAUCGGCAUGGUCGGCAACUUUAGUAACGUCAUCACGGCUCACGUUCAAGGCCUGUGGAUCAAUGCGUACUUUUCAGGUCUUCUUGCCAAGGACCCUGCGGAGGCAGUGGGUGAUGACUCGGCGAUACAAAAGUUGCAAUACAACACGGUCUUGAUGAACCGCUUUGGUAAUUGGCGUUACCCUACAGAUUGGGGCUCCAACAAGUGCCCGAGCUUCGUUUUUGAUGCCGUUCCUUACCUAGACCUGUUGCUGAGUGACCUUGGUCUUGCGCAUUACCGCAAGAAAGGAUUCAUGGCCGAGUGGUACUCACCUUAUGGGCCAGAAGACUACAGUGACGUCAAUGAGGAAUGGAAGGAGAAGUUCAUGAAGGGCAAGAUUGUCGGUGCUACAUCACUUCAGGAUUAA